GCAGUUUGGGAUCGAGCUUUUCUUCCUCCCGUAAAAUCUCCCAAUCGACCGCCGCCAGGAGAGAGCACUCGACCCGGAGCCGGAGGGCUUCUCUGUGCCGCCAGCACCACCGCGGGGGGUAGGGGAGGGGUGCGUUUCGCCUACUGAAGGCCGCCGCCGGUUCUGGGAGCUGCCUCCGCUGGUGCUCUGGGGCCGGGGCCGCCUCUGCCUUUGCCCGGUGCUCGAGGAGCGACGCCGGGGCCGCCUCCGGCGGGAGAAGUAGCGCCGAGGUCUACAGCCGUGGAGUGCAACCGCCACUCAUUGGUGAGGACUGAGGAACCGAGGGCAUUCCCCCAUGGCGAAGAAGAAGGCGACGCAACCAGAGGAAGAUAGGUUGAGCGCGCUGACGGACGAUGUUUUACUCUCUAUCUUGCUGAAAGUCGACAUAAGCACAGCCGCACGGACAAGCUCGCUGUCAACACGGUGGAGGCAGCUGCCCUGGCUGCUGCCUGAGCUCAAUAUUAAUGUCAGGUAUUUCCUGCCUGCUCCACGCUCAGAUCCGAUUGAGGCAAAUGACACGCAGGAAGCUAUGGUGGCUCUAACCAAAGCAAUCAGGAGUUUAUUGUCUAAACCUCGGAGAGGAUCCACCACCGCGAGGCUGGACCUUGUGAUCUACUUGAUCAACACUUUCUUGUCUGACCUCGGCCCACUGGUAGGUGACGCAGUCAAUUGUGGUUUGUUGAAAGAUUUGGAUCUCACCAUUUUCGACGAGACAGAUCUUCUUGACCGUAAUGAAGAGUAUAUGCUUCAGCGAGCCCAAGAUAUAGAUGGGUUUUUCACUGCCUACCCUAGUGUGCUCCAUUGCCUCACAAAGCUCUCUCUGUACAAUGUAUGCUUCAAGGAACUGGACAUCAACCGUGUCCUGUUUGACAGUUGCAAGGAACUGAAGCAUCUAACCCUCAUUUACUGUUAGACUGGCCGUCACACUCUGUGUAAGAUUGAUGCACCAAACUCAAAACUCAGUGUUUUAGAAAUCCACUUCUGUUGCUUUAAGAGGCUCGAGUUGGUCUGCCUUCCGAAGCUGGAGAAGCUCGAAUGGGAUAAUUGGGUGUCUGAAUAUACCCCCUUGUCGUUUGGUUAUGUCCCAUCUCUUGAUGAAUUAAUAUUCGCAUCUACUUUAACAUUAGAUGACAGAGUAUUUAAAUUAAGUGACAUGGAACCACAAGCAUACAUACUCUGACAUUGGAUUUCAAUGGAGAAAAUCUUUGGAUGCAACCUGAAAUGAAGCAACUCUGCACCGCAUUCAGCAACCUAAGGAAGCUGUCUGUGUUUGGUAUCUUUAUUGAAUUUGACAUUAUAUGGACAACAACCUUUCUUGAGGCUGCACCCUCUGUCGAAAUGUUACAUAUUGAGGUAACUUGUGCUGUUUCAGUCUAGUAUUCCAAUCGAAGUAUGGUUCUUGCUGCCUUUUCAAAAUAAUGUUUUGUAAGCUUCUCUCCCUCUACACAAUUUAUGAAGACAUCUCUUACCUUUUGAUCUUUGUAAACUGAAGUGAGGGUCUAUUUCCUUUACCCCCAAAUCUUGUUGCCUUGUAUUCGGCACAUUUAGAUCUUACCUUGUGUUUAUCACAAAUGAUAAGGGAAAUGUUCUUUUUAACCUGGAAAUUCAAGUAGAUUCGUAACAUUUUCCUCAUGGAAAUCAAGGUAUGGGACCAUGACACAUGCGGUUGGGGCGACAAUUAUGACAGAAAGUUGGUAUUCGCUGAUAGAAAAAAUCCUGAGUGGGAGAUGGACUCGCACAGCUCCAAGAACUGGCUACUGAAGGAGCUCCAGAUCUUUGGCUUCAGGCCGCUGGAACAGCAGUUUACAUUUAUAAGGGCCUUGCUGGAGCGAGCACAUUGUACUUCUCAGGAACAACAUUUAUAAGGACCUUGCAGACGAUUGUCCUGAAAGGAGACAUGAAGUGCGGGAGGGAUUGUGUCAUCCUCACAAGAGAGUCUUUAUUUCCAAAGAGUGAGGAUGAGCAAGAAAUGGUGGUGAGGCGAAUCACAGACGGCAAACCGUCGCCCCGAGUGAUCUUCCAUGAAUGAUCCUGUUCUCUUUGGAUUAUCUUUGUUGUUUAAGCUGCAAGGACAGUUGACUGUAGUGUAUCAUUUUGUGUUUUUAGUCAGACAGUUGGAUAUGAGCCUGUGUGAUGAAUCCAGUGAGAGUGAGAGAGUGGUGUGUGCUAGGAACUAUGGCUGGGUUUCAUUUCCUGAGAAGUACAAUGUGCAAGUUCAUGUCCAGGUUAAGAGUUGGACUUCUGUUGCUAGAUUUUUUUUGGGGUUGGUUGGUUGCUUUGCAUGUUGGAAAGAACAUCAAUCCUGAACUUGUGAUGCCUGUACUGUACUGCGCAAACAUGUUCUGAAGCACACAUCUUUUCCUUAUGUAACUUGAUUAUAUUUUGUAGACAUCAUGUAACACCAACUGACUAGUAAUAGUACGCAAAGCCUUGGAGGUCGUCAGGAAAGGUAAGACAGUGAUCUUUUCUUUAUGUAACUUGAUUAUAUUUUGUAGACAUCUAUGCUGUCAGAAAAUUGUAUGGCUUAAACAACAACACACUCUGAUGUACUUGUGUUUUUCUUCUCUUUGAUAAAAAAAACAUCAGUACAUAUAUAAGCACAAAUAAUCUUUAAUAAUUAGUUGAGCAACUCAAGUUAUGUUUAUGGAAAUUGAGCAAAGUACAGUUUCUGUUGACGAUAAAAACAAAGGGAGUUUGAUUUUUUUAGAGAAGUAGUAUUCCCUCCGUUCCGAAUUACUCGUCUCUGAAAUGGAUGUAUCUAGAAGUAAAAUACAUCUAGAUACAUCCAUACGUGUGACAAGUAACUCGGAACGGAGGGAGUACAAUUUUGCUUGCAUCAUCUGUGUUCAGUCUCUACGUAAAAUAAAUCUUGUUUUUCUUUUUGAGGGGAAAUAAAUCUUGUGCACCGUCCCAAACACAAUUGAAGAGUGUGACUAGAGCAAAGCACAUUUGGGCCUAACAACAAUAAGGCACGACGGGUGAUGUGGGUUUUUUUUUUUUUGAAUUGUUUGGAUUGCUUACCACAUGUCUCACGUGGUACGGGUGAUGUGGGUUUGGUUGAACUACUCUGGACAAACGGGGAGAAGUGGAGAGAGGUUCGCGUGCGCAUUUUGCCGAGCAGCUCGUAGGCGGCGUGGUGAUGGGGAUCGUGGAUUUUGCCGUCGACCGCCGGCGUGACGGGUCUUCUCCUCCUCGUUCUCCUGCGGCGGCGGCUCCUCCUCCGCGACCGCAUAUCGGCAAUCGGAAACCUGUUGUUUAUUAGGACUUCAGACAUCGUGGCUAGUCAGAAGACUUUUAUUGCUUGUUGGUCUGGAUUGCCAAGCAUCACAUCACAUGCCCAGAGCCCUUUGGCUUUGGGUCAAGUCCACUCCUCCAAAAAAAAUGAUCUAGACUCCAACCCGCAAUUAAAGGGCCAAGCUAAGCUAGCUAGCUGCUCUUCAUUCUUAUCCCUUCUGGCUCUAGCUCAUUGCUUGCUCUGCCUACAGCGCACCGCAAGUCGUCUUCUCAGCUCGAAGCCCACAAAUGUCCUCACCACCAUCGGAGCCGCUUUCUUCUUUUGGAACACCAAACUUUCCCUUUCAGGUAAACUCGCAAGGUACGAGUGAUGGGUCAAGGAUGCCAGGAUAUAUUUUUUUCAGGCAAGCUACACGUGAUUUUUCGCAAAUAAUUGGCAGGGGCCAACUUGGGAAAGUUUACAAGGCACAUCUUCCAACCGGAGAAGUUGUCGCUGUGAAGCUGCUCUAUCAGAUGACAGGGUUUGACGACAAGAGAUUCUCGAAUAAAUGUACACAACUUAUGAGCACCAACCACAAGAAUAUUGUGAGAUUAUUGGGCUAUUCAUACGAAGAACAUGAAGAAUCACAUGUGCACUAUGGGACAUCCAUAUGUGGUGUAUACAUACACAGGUUAAUCGGCUUUGAGUAUGUGCCUGGUGGAAAUCUUUGCAAUUUUAUUUCAGAUCAACGUCUUGGAUGGAGUAUACGCUUCAAAAUAAUAAAGGGGAUCUGCGAGGGUUUACAAUACCUUCAUGAAGCUGACAUUGUGCACUCUAAUCUCAACCCAGGUAAUAUUUUGCUAGAUGGUGAGAAGAUACCAAAAAUCACAGAUUUCGGUUUAUCUCGGAUGUUCAAGCCAGUAAACGAGAGAGCCACAAUGAGUAAAGCUAUUUCUUAUGGAUGGCGACGUAUGAUACAUGAAGGAGUGGUGUCAAAAAGGUCUGACAUAUUUAGCUUGGGUGCUCUAAUUAAAGUUAUAUUGACUGGAAGUACGGAAGAAUCGGACAUUAAUUGCAUGGACGGUCCUGAAUGUGUUGAGCAUGUACACAAAUGCUGGAGGAAACGGCUACAAGAGAUAAGGAGAUAUCCCUCAUUUGAAGCAGAUUGCAAACAAGUGAGGGCUUGUAUCGAAAUCGCAGUAGACUGCAUGCACAAUGACCAACAACAAAGGCCUCUGAUUAACGAUAUCGUUCGUAAACUAUAUGAAGUAGAAGCUAAGGGAGAUUACCCACCAUCACAGAUGGGACAGGGCAUUCAUGAUUUUGAAGUAAGGAAAAUGUCAUUAAAAGAGUUGGAAAAGAUCACGAGUAAUUUCUCUGAAAAACUUGGUCAUGAUGACUUCGGUGCUGUUUAUAAGGGAAGGAUUGGAGGUGGGGAAGUGAUAGCUGUGAAGAGAUUUGAUGAGAGAUUAAGAAAACUAAAGGAUCAAUUUGAGAGAGUGGUAAACCUUAUGAGGCUCAAGCACAAAAAUAUAGUACGACUGAUGGGCUACUGCUACGAGCCAACACAAGUACCAGUUCCUGAUGAAAAGAAUCCAGAAAAGACAAUGUGGUGGAAUAUUAUAGAGAAUUUGGUCUGCUAUGAGUUUUUGCCAAACGGAAGUCUAGACAUGAUAUUAAAUGACAAAUCUUGCAAACUCGAUUGGCAAACUCGUCACAAAAUAAUACAUGGCAUUUGUGAGGGAUUGCAUUACCUUCACGUGGAAUGCCAGGAUGCCCCCCUUGUCCAUGAGGGUUUUAAACCUGCCAAUAUUUUGCUAGAUAAUGGCAUGGUCCCGAAGCUAGCGGAUUUCUGCACUUCAAUGGCUGUCACAUCAAGUGUCCGCAGCUUGGCGACCAGGGUGUUCAGCCGUGCUGCGAAGUCGUCGACGGCCUCGGCGUCACCCAUCUUGAGCUGCUCGAACUCAAGCCUCAUCAGGAGUCCGGCACGCUCUGGUAGAUGGCGUACAGGGCCUCUCGAUCUACCUCAUAAUCCGCGGUCGUCCGCUCCACCGCCUCCCAGAUGCGCGCUGACUGCAUCGCCACCCUCAUCUUUAUCACCCAGAUGGGGUAGUUUGUCUUCGUCAGCUGCGGCCACACGAGCGGCCCGCGCGGCCGCCCGCUCUGCGCUACCGACACCGCCAACGGUAGCAGCUCGCUGCUGCCGGCAGUCUUCGCAUCCGCCUUGCCCAAAGUCUCGCUCGUCUCCCUUUCUAACGGUGGACACACACGGGACUCGGAUCUUGGGUCGUCGGAGAAGAAUCAGCAGCAGGAAAUCAACCAGAGAAAGGAUGCACACCAGAGGGUACAUAGCACCAGAGGUCAUGGACACCGGAAAUGUUACAGUCAAGUCAAAUAUGUACAGUUUGGGUGUUCUGAUAAUAGAGAUCGCCACCGGAGACAGGUGUCCUAGCGACGAAUCAUCAGGACGGUCAUAUAUCGAGAAUGCAGUAAAUACUUGGAUGCAAGGUUCCAACGUCGAAUUGAAGUACCCAUCACUUGAAGCGGGUUUCAUCCAACAAGUGGAGUGUUGGAUCAACAUUGGGCUGAAUUGUGUGGAUAUCCAACCCGAAAGAAGGCCUACUAUUGGACAAAUAAUGCAUUUCCUUGAGACUAAAUCUGCCAAUCCAGAGUAUUACUACUAUGGAGAAUUCAUCAUGUCCUCUGAGAGCAGCAUCACGGCAUGGUCUUCUUCAGGAGGAUUUUCUAUGGCAGAAAUGCGUAAUCAAGCGAAUGAACUGAAGGCCCUGGAGAGCAUGUUAAGUGAUGCAAGUGCAGAGCCAACAAAGCUAUCAUAUGCACUUUUAAAAUCAGUUACAAGAAAUUUUUCUCGAAUGAUUGGGCGUGGUGGGUUUGGAGCUGUUUACCUGGGAAUUCUUCCAAAAGGGAAAGUUGCUGUGAAGAAGCUCUGUAUAUUGCAGGAUUUAUCUAAUAAUGCAUUCGUGGACGAGAUUGUAUGUUUAAAAAAGGCACAUCAUAGUAAUGUAGUCAGACUUCUAGGCUAUUGUGCAGUUGCACACGGUGAACUGAUGGAAGUGAAUGGAACACAUGUUAUAGCAGAGGAAACACAAAGGUUACUCUGCUUUGAGUAUGUUCCUAAUGGAGACCUUCAGAAUUAUAUUAAAGAGAAAUGUGCUGGACAUGAAUGGCAAAUACGUUACCAAAUGAUUAAGGGGAUCUGCCAUGGUCUACACUACCUUCACAAACAACGCAUUACUCAUCUGGAUCUGAAACCUGAGAACGUUCUGCUGGAUGCUAACAUGGAACCAAAAAUUACAGACUUUGGUCUGUCAAGAUUCCUUGCUGAAGGGGAAUCCAUAAUUGUGACCAAGCAAAUAUUUGGAACACGGGGAUCAAUUGCACCAGAACUUAUUAAUAGUGGUGAAAUAUCAUUCAAGUCAGACAUAUAUGGCUUGGGUGUCAUAAUCACAAAACUAUUAACAAGAGAUAACAACUACGAUUUCGAAAAUUGGCAUAAAACACUAGAGGUGGGCUGCUCACAAGAGAAAAGGUGUGUUGAGAUAGCUCGAAAAUGUGUGGAGUAUGACCAACAUAAGAGGCCUACGAUGGAUGAGAUCAUGCAGGAGCUGAACGAGAUGGAGAACACUAUCCAAGAGAAGAAGCCUUCAGUUGUUCAAAAAUGGAGAAACAACCUGUCGUCUUCACUGAAGGGGCACUGGAGACAGAGGAAGGAUCGAAACUAGCACAUUCAGUCCACCCUGCUUGGAGCCUGAAGACGUCAGGAGACUUCCACCCCGUGUGGAUAAAUUGCUUGAUGUGAUGUGCUAUUGUUUGUGCAUGGUUAUAUCUCGAUCGGUCUGUAACAGUGUCAUUCGCAAUGUGGCAGUGACUUUGAUAUCGUGGCCAAUUGUGUUUUCGAGUUGUUCAGAUUGCGACUCUGCUUGGUUCAUCGGGUUGCAGACCAGACCUAGCUAGCACUUGGUCUGAACUGGUUGUAUCAGUAUCGCUGUUGUCAUAUGUUAUUGGUUAAAGAAAAUGAGAGGACAAUUGUAUUCGUGCAAAGUUAUAGAAUGGGAAA